UUAUGUUUGAAGGAACUAGAUUGUAAUACAUUGUCCCUGGAUAUACGGGUCAUAUUCCAAAAAGCUUUUUUGAAUAAUAAGUUGGAUACUAUUAAGAAGAAAAACCAUAAAAUCACAUACCAGGUAAUGAGUUAUUAUUAUUCUUAUAUUAGGUUAUGCUGGAGAAAUCAAAUCAAUGAAAGCUGAAAAUUUAUUUGCUCAAACUUACGGCAAAAUUACUUACUAAAUUUAGCAUGAUGACUAUUACAAAGGUUAAGAUGUGCCACCUGAGUUAAGAUAUAAAUCUCAACUUUAAGAAACAUAUCAAAAUUAGAAUAAUGUUUAAUUGAGAACAGCAGCAGAAAUUGUAGGUGUAAAACCUAAACCAAUCGAAUAUAAAAUUGUAAUAUUCUUUUAUAACACCUAAUUAGCCUUAAACUGAAAAUGCAAAGACCUUUUUCAAAGUAGACUAAUAAGGAAAUCCAAAAUUAAAAGAAUCGUUAUAAAAUUGGAAAAAUGAAUAUGAAUAAAAUUCAGAAACUAUAGAUCAAGCAACACACAAAUUUUAUGGUGAUCCUGGAUAAUAAGUGCCUAGUAAAAUCAUGAAAAUAUUCUAGUUUAACUUGGAACACCUCUACCAGGAUAUACUGGUAUGUAAAAAAGAGUUGUGGCAGCUAAUAUUUUUGGCUAAACUUUUGCUAAUGCUCGUAAAACUGCAUUACAGGAUGAUGCAAAAAUUAAAGAUGAAAAAAUGAAUACAUUUAAGUAAUAGGCUUCAUUCAUACCAGCAUUAAAAAGAUGAUUAGCAUUAUUUUAUUGAUUGAAC